AUGAGCUGCCAGCGAGUGUUCACGCCUCUGAGGAGGCAAUCUCAGGGGUUUCCGGACGGUCUGCAUGUCUCCAAGGAGAUCAGGCAGGCAAUCGCCGACAGGCAGCCUGUGGUGGCGCUGGAGUCGACAAUCUACACGCACGGAGCUAUGGGAAAGGAUCUCGCCUAUGAACACGAAGAGCUGAUCCGGAGCUAUGGUGGCAUCCCCGCUAUCAUUGCCAUCGUUGACGGCGUACCUACCGUUGGUGUGUCGCCGAGCGAGAUCGUACAGAUGAUUGAGGCGGGCAAUGCCGUCAAAGUGUCAAGGAGGGAUGUGUCGUAUCUCGUGGGGAUGGGCCUAGCUGGGCGUAAGAUCCAUGGUGGCACCACAAUCUCAGGCACCAUGCUUCUCGCUCGUCUGGCCGGCAUCCGCGUCUUCGGAACUGGCGGCUUGGGUGGCGUCCACCGCGGCGGCGAGAACACAAUGGAUGUCUCGGCUGAUCUCACAGAGCUGGGACGCACCAGGGUCGCCGUUGUAGCAAGCGGAUGCAAAGGGUUCCUCGACAUCCCGCGGACGCUCGAGUUCCUCGAGACGCAGGGCUGUCUCGUUUCGACCUUUGCCGACGGACGGAGCAAGGACAUUGACUUCCCCGGGUUCUGGGCACGCAACAGCGGCACACCGAGUCCCUCAGUCGUCAACACGGAGCGCGAGGCGGCGGCUAUGAUUCUGAGCCAAGAGAGACUGAACAUUGAGUCUGGUCUUCUCUUUGCCAACCCAGUCCCCGAAGAAUACGGUAUCCCGCUGCCUGAGAUCCGCGCCGCCAUUGAGCAAGCAGUCACCGAGGCGGAUGAGAAGGGCUUCACUGGCAGCAAAAACACACCGUACGUUCUCGGGAGGCUGAAGGAGCUGACGGGCAACAAGGCGGUCGUGGCCAACAUAGCGCUUGUCAAGUCGAAUCUCAUCAGGGCGGCCAAUGUCGCCGUUGAGCUGGCGCGCUUGGAAGACCCGUCGUUCCAGCCCACUGCGAGCCAACAAUCGACACCAUCUGCACCAGUCCCUGCCCAUGCCCCGAUCCCAAGUGACCCUUCCUCUGACAUUCUCGUUGCUGGCUCGGUGGCCGUCGACCUGAGCUGCGAUUACACACCAUCUUCCAAGAGCGAAAUUGCACCACAACUGCAUACCUCCAACCCGGCAGCUAUCCGGCAAUCUGUAGGUGGCGUCGGACACAAUGUCGCGCUCGCUGCCCAUCGUGCCAGCGGAGACAAGUCUCGUGUCAAGCUGGCCAGUCUCAUUGCCAACGAUACCUGGGGCUCUACAAUCCUGUCAUCCCUCGAGUCCGAGGGCCUCGAUCCGGUCUUGGUGUCCAAGCUUCAAGACACACAGACGUACCGCACAGCCCAAUAUGUCGCCAUUAACGAUGGCAAGAAAGAUCUCGUCAUGGCCAUGGCCGACAUGGACAUUUUCAACUACGACGCCGACCCUGAUUUGCUCAAGCGUGUCCUAGAGCAAAGCCGACCAAAUUGGCUUGUUGUCGACGGCAACUGGAGCGAGACCAACAUCAAGACACUCGUCAAAGCAGGAGCGAAAGGCGAGUGCAAUAUCGUGUUUGAGCCGGUGUCGGUGGAGAAAUCGCGACGACUCUUCGGUCUCACGAAUGGAGCUCCCGCGCUCACCGUCUUCCCCCAGUCGAGUAUGGACCUCGCCUCGCCCAACACGUAUGAGCUGGCGGCCAUGUAUGAGCAGGCCAAGCAGCGAGGGUACUUUGACACCAAUGAAUGGUUCGGCGUCAUCGACGCGUUCGGCAUGCGUGGUGCGAGGGAGAAGUUUGUGUACAUGACCUCGCGCGAGCUGACUGAUGCUGGCAUCCCGGUCCAGAUGGUGCAGCUUCUACCGUACAUACCCACGAUUGCCACCAAGCUGGGACCCAAAGGCGUGUUGCUGGCCACCCUCCUUAGACCAGAGGAUCCUCGUCUGUGGGCAACGGAGGAGCGGCAGCACAUCCUCGCGCGCGCAGUGGACCAUCCCACCAUUGGUGGCAUCUACAUGCGCCUAUACCCGGCCGUCGAGAAUGUCGAAGACGUGGUGUCUGUCAAUGGCGCAGGCGACACGUUCCUGGGCGUUCUGGUGUCAGGACUUGCGCAGGGGGCGAGAGUCGACAAGAUGAUUGAUGUCGCGCAGCAAGGCGCUGUCAUGUCGUUGCGCUCGGCGGAGGCGCCUCCGCCUAAUUAUCCACCACGCAUCAACCUUCAAUCACCUCCCACCAUGGCACCGCGCAAAGCCGACGAUGACGACAUGUCAAGCGAGACAUCGGUCUCUGGCAGCGAAUUCUCCGGUUUCGAGUCGGAUGAAGCCACCUCCAAGGUGCCCCGCGGCGGUAUCUUUGAGAAGGACUCGGACGAGGAAGAGCUCGAGCGCCUUGUUCUAGGCAACAAGGCCGGAUUCAAGGACUCGCUCUUCCAGUACAAUGGCGCUGAGGCGGACCAUCAAGAUGAAGACGGCGACAUUGACCUCGCGGACGAGGUGAACGAACUGGAGGACGUUGCCGAUGCAGAUCUCUUUGCGUUCGACACAGGCCCAUCCGGCGCGAAACCUGCCCCCGCUGUGACAAAGGAACGCACGACUGGCCCCGAUCCGGCCGUGUGGGAGGAUAGCGACGACGACAGGCUUGCCAUAUCCCUCGCGAACACGAACCGUCUCCGGAAACUGAGGAUAUCCGAGGCAGAGGACGUGGUCAGCGGCACAGAAUACUCUCGACGACUACGCCAGCAAUAUCUCCGAUUGAACCCGCAGCCGGCCUGGGCGACAGCAUCUCAAGGACGGCCGUCCAAGGGCAGGAGAAAAUCGGCCGCUACAUCUGAUUCUUCGGCCAGCGACGCCGACGACUCAGACGUCGAGGCUCAGCCGCUGGAGAAGUUCUUGCGGGAUGUCAACAAACUGUCAGAAUCCGGUAUGGCCUCAGGGCAAGGCAAGAGGAGACUGAAGCCCGAGACGCUGGACAUUCAGCGCACGAGGGAGAUUCCCGACCGCCACAGAGCGCCGGCCGACUGCCUUUCCUUCCACCCCGAGUUCCCCGUCCUCCUCUCCUCCAGCAAGGCGGGCGUGCUGUACCUGCACCAUAUUGCGCCCGAGGCCCACCCGACACCGAACCCGCAGUUGACGUCUGUGCAAGUCAAGCAGGUGGACGUGCGACGGGCCGAAUUCAUGUACCCCAAGGGCGACAAGAUCUUCUUUGCCGGGCGGCGGCGGUACUUUCACCACUGGGAUCUGCCCUCGGGCGUGGUGCAGAAGACGUCGCAGAUCCAGGGCCACGGGCUGGAGCACAAGACCAUGGAGCACUUCAAGAUGAGCCCUUGCGGACGGUACAUGGCGCUCAAGGCGUCGACGAAGAAGAGCGGCGGCAUUGUGAGCAUCAUCAGCACGGGCUCGAUGCAGUGGAUCGCGUCGGCGAGGAUGACGAGCCAGGAUGGUAUCGCGGACUACGCCUGGUGGCGGAGCGGUGAGGGGCUGAGCGUUCUGGGCCGGGACGGACAGGUGGGCGAGUACAGCGUGGAGAGCAAGAAGUUCCUCGGGAUAUGGCACGACGACGGCUCCGUCGGGGGCACCGUCAUCGCGCUGGGUGGUCGCGGCGGACCGCAUGCACUAGGUGAGGAUCGCUGGGUCGCCGUGGGCUCCAACACGGGCAUCACCAACAUCUACGAACGCUCUACGCUCAUCGACAAGAAGAAGAACAUCGACGACGACGACGUCGCCCUGCACGAGGACCCCACGCCCACCCGUGUGUUCGAGCAGCUCAUCACGCCCAUCACCACACUCACAUUCAGCCCGGACGGCCAGCUGCUGGCGUUUGCGUCGGUGCACAAAAAGGACGCGCUCAAGCUGGCGCAUCUGCCCACGUGCACCGUGUACAGGAACUGGCCGACGGAGCAGACGCCGCUGGGCCGGAUCUCGAGCGUCGCGUUUGGAAGGGGCAGCGACCUGUUGGCGGUGGGCAACGACGGUGGCCGGAUUCGCAUGUGGAAUAUCCUGAGCUGAGCUGUAGUGAAAUAGAGAUGUAAUUACGACGGCGUGUGAAUUCGGCCUUAGCGUGCUGUGAUGCCUGUCGCGCUGGUGAAGAUGGGUUGCACCGCAAAUACAUAACUCGAAUCCCCUUCACGAGGACGCAACAUCCAAGUGAAC